CGACCAGGCACCCUGCUUCAAAAGUAAAAUGUCUUUAAGCUCUGAAGGCCACUGGCAGAUUUAAAGACAAGGCAGAUUUAAAGACAAGAUUGGCACAUUAAAGACAAGGACAAGCCAAAAAGGUGAAAACUUUAGAGAACCAUUGUAGGCAUGACUUGGGACAAUCUUACAUUUUGCUUCAGGAGAAAUUCAUGACCAGUUCCUGCAAUUAAAUCCACAGUAGAAAAUUACUGAGUUUCACCAACUCGUUUUGGGAGAACAUGAGCAAAAAUAGCCCUACAAAAAGGUCCAGCUGGAAAGCCCGAGCAAAAGUUUAAAGAUGUUUUAGCAAGUGCUUCCCACGUAUUAGUACUAAAAGAUCAGAAUAGUAAGUUCAUAAUGUCUUUGAAUAAACAUAUAGAGCUGGAAAAAUACUGAAGGUAUGAUCCUGGCUUCUUGGUGCCCUGGAUGUGAUUUCUUGAUGUGGGUUUGAAAAUGUAAACAAAGCCCAAACACUCAUCAUGCCAUGCUUCCAUGCUUCGGUACUUUCCUUUAUCUGGAGUCUCACUGCAGAGGUGUUAAGCACAGCAUGCAACGAUGCUGUAGCUAAUUUGGAGCUGUUAUUAAAGUGAGUGGAAGCUCUCCACGCACCUAUGAACUUACGCAGUCAUACUCUGGAGGCUUUUGGAUGUAAGUGAAUUUUCAUUGAACUUGUGAGCUCAGUUUUGGCAGAAAACAACCUUAUUCCUCUGUAGAUCUGCUUUACAGGUGAGUUACCCCAAAUCACUAGAGUCUUAUAAGACUCUGACUUGAGACUACUGACAGCAGCAAUCUUUUAAGAGUGCCCCUUUCUUAAACAGACCUCAACGGCAAAAGAAAAAACGAAGCAAUUUCCCAGGCCUUAUUAUUUUACGAGCACUAGCUGUCAGCAUGGUUUAAGGAAGGGCUGAGACUCUUUAUUUGCAUACGGCGCUUUGAGAAGCAGACAGACGACUAAUGAGUGCUGAUUACUGAGCUUCAACUCCGUCUCAUCACCCCCCCGCUCGGGGGCCGGUGUCUCGCUGCUCGCUUCCCUGCGGCGCGUUUGUUUUGCAGACGGGCGCAGGAGGAAGAGGAGGAGGAGGGCUGGGGGAAGGGAAAGCCCCGGCUCCCCCCUGCCGGUGCCCGGCCUCGGCGGGGCCAGGUGCCCGCAGGUGGAUGCGGUGCCCAGCCCCUUCCCUCCUCUCCCCCCGCCCCGGCUCCUCCCCGGCCUCCGCUGCUCCCGGCCGGCGCCGCGUCCCGCUCCGGAUCCGCUCCGCUUCUGCUCCGCCGCGGUGGGGGCGGCCCCAGGGAAGACAAAUAGAGCAUUACUCAUACUAUGAAUACAGCAUCCUAUAACAGUUUAAAAUGAGACUGAGAACAAGGAACAACGGUAUCUUCCUUUGAAGUGUUACUUGUCCUCUGAAUUUAGGCAGAACUGCAUGUCCCAGCUUUACAAUGAAGAACUGACUAAGAAUGGAUGCAACAUAAAAGAAGUCCUGCAGACUUAGUCACCUGUCUUGAUGGACUUACUGUUCAAGCUUUACUUUCAAACACUUGAGUUGUUUCAGUACUACUGACAAAGGAAAGAUGACCUCUACUGUAGGCCCACCGCCAUACUAUGAAAAUCGUGGCUUUCAGCCAGAAAACUAUUCUGCCAGGCCACCAGCAGGUGCUAACCCAUAUCCACCAUACUUCUCUACAAAUGCUCCAUCAGUGCCAACCUAUGUCCCAAGAGUUUCAACCUACCAGUCGACUAGUCCAGUAGCCCCUUCAUCUGGGAGGACUUGUUCAUCAGGUGUAAAGAAAACCAUGAUAAUUAUAAUAUCAAUUUUAAUAGUCAUUUGUUGUGCAGUUGGUGCUUUCUUCAUUUGGUAUUUUGUAGAGAAUCAUUGCCUCGGAUCGUUAAUAGAGUGUGGGUCUUCGGGAGUGUGCGUGUCUCCCUCAGAUUGGUGUGAUGGAGUGACCAACUGCCCAAAUGGGGAGGAUGAAAACCGUUGUGUUAGACUUUUUGGACCGAACUUUAUCCUUGAAGUUUAUUCACCUGUCAGCAAAGCCUGGUAUCCUGUUUGUCAAGAUGACUGGACUGAUGAUUUUGGAAAGAUUGCAUGUAAAGAUAUGGGCUAUAAUGUAGAUACAUAUUACUAUAGUCAAGGAGUAGCAGCUGAAGUCAGCUUUAAAAGCUUUAUGAAGCUGAACACAAGUGCUGGGAAUACAGACCUGUAUAAAAGGCUGCAUAACAGCAAUUCCUGUGCAUCAGGAAACGUGGUUUCUCUACGCUGCAUAAAGUGCGGCCUGCCCACCAAAAGCACAGCCAUCAUGAACAGGAUCGUGGGUGGCAGCACGGCGGUGCUGGGGCAGUGGCCGUGGCAGCUCAGCCUCCACGUGCAGGGCACCCACGUCUGCGGGGGCUCCAUCAUCACCCGCGAGUGGCUGGUGACGGCGGCUCACUGCGUGGAGGGACAACUUUCUGAUCCAUACAUCUGGAGAGUUUAUGCCGGGAUUGUGAGCCAGAGUGACAUUAUUUUAAGAGCCGGAUAUAGAGUGCAACAAAUAAUUUCCCAUCCAGAUUAUGAUACGGACACUAAAGACAAUGAUGUUGCCCUUAUGAAGUUAGAGACACCAUUGAGUUUUACUGAUAACGUACAGCCAGUUUGUCUGCCUAAUCCAGGAAUGAUGUUUGAGCCCAAUCAGCAGUGCUGGAUAUCUGGAUGGGGAGCAGAGUACCAAGGAGGUAAAACAUCAACUACCUUGAAUUAUGUUAUGGUACCUUUAAUAGAACGUUCUAGAUGUAACUCCAUCUAUAUCUAUAAUGGUAUGAUUUUGCCUACAAUGAUCUGUGCUGGAUAUCUGGAAGGAGGAAUUGAUUCCUGUCAGGGUGACAGCGGAGGUCCUCUGGUAACAAAUAAAAACUCCGUGUGGUGGUUGGUUGGAGAUACCAGCUGGGGAACUGGCUGUGCUACUCCCAAUAGACCUGGAGUUUAUGGGAAUAUGACUGUGUUUACAGACUGGAUUUAUAAAAAUAUGCAGGCAAACAGAUGACAAUGCUGUCUGUCCUUGUUGAUGAUCAAUGUUUCUGAGAACAAGAAAAAAUGAAGCCAUGGGAUAUUUAUUCACUUUUACAAAUGAUUUGUCUCCUUGAAUUUUCUUUUUAAAAAUAACAUGAAGGAUUGCACACUCGGUUCUGUACUGGCUACAGUGACUGAUUUUAAUCAGUGAAGGAUUAUCACAAUGAGCACCUUUCUUCUUGAUGUGGUGCCUGGCAGAAAGUUGUUCUGCCAACUGCUUUCUGAGAUGUCUUUUUUUAGUUGAGUACUUUCACUUGAUAAUCAGGUACAGGUUUAUAAUGGCAAUUUUGAUCACAAUUUAACGUAAGAUUUUUGUAGCAGGAUACUGAGACGGUUUAGUAGCGUUUUAAAUAUUAAGUAAUGUGAACGUUGAAUCUCUGAGCUGCUGGUUGGCAAUUUAAGAAGUUAAUGUUUUUUGGUAUAUAUGAAGGGAAGUUUUCAUGCACUACAGUAGAGACACAGGAAAAAAAAUACUGUAUAUUCAGGUAGUUAAAAAUCCUCAGGACCUUGACUGCCGUCAUUCAAGUCAGACUGUUCUAAGAGAGAUCAGCCUGGCUAUCUCAGUAAUUAUAAUUAAAAGUGCUCUUCUGCCUUAAACUGCUCUGAACCUGGAAUGGCAGGACCUGCCGUCACUUGAUGUAGGCCAAGAAGAGGGAUGUUUUGGAGCUGCAGCGGGAUACAGGGAGUUAACCAUCCUGACAGGGGUCCCUGGCUGAGCACA